AUGACCAAAUCCGAGCCGCCAACCGCACGAGCACCGCGCCCACGAUGGGUGCUCCACGUUCAGGCGCAAUUCUGGCGAGUGCUGAUGCAGAUUGGCAUGAUGCUGCACCGAAUGGCGUCGCCCCGACCCCCCAAGCCGUCCUUCUCCCGUACUGUGCCCACGACCGUUUCGCCAUGCAAAGGCGAAUUCAAACUUCGAUUCUACGUACCGGACGACUACAGCCUACAGAAGCGAAUGAGGGAGAAAAAGUAUCCCGUCGUGGUCAACUUCCACGGCGGCGGGUUCACGCUGGGUCAGGCGACGGACGACGCUCGCUGGUGUGCGACGGUGGUGCGGGAGGUGGGCGCGGUCGUCGUCAGCGUGGAUUAUCGCCGCGCGCCGGAGCAGCCCUUCCCGACGGCAGUCGAGGAUGGGGUGGAUGCAAUCCUGUACUUGGCCGAGCACUCUGAGUCGCUAAUGAUCGACAUCGAGCGCGUGGCCGUAUCCGGAUUCAGCAGCGGUGGCAACAUGAGCUUGACGGUGCCACUGCGGUUGCAAGGCGAAGUCGUCCCCGAACCAGCCGACGCGGAGACUCCGUACGGCAUGGACCCAGCGCCGCAGUCGACGGAUAACAUCCCGCAGAAGGCACUGAGCAGGGGGCGCACGCUCGUCAAUGUGCGCCGCGAGCUGAGGUUGAAGGCGAUUGUGGCGUGGUAUCCGUCGACCGACUAUACCGUGACCCGCGAGCAACGCCGCAUGACGUGCGUCCGCAAGGAUCAGGAACUGCCUGCAGUCUUCACCCAGCUCUUCGACGAAAGCUACCUCUCCCCACCCACCAUGGACAUGUCGAACCCCUACCUCUCGCCCGGCCGCGCCCCGUCAGCUAUGCUUGCCGGAUUGCCUGAGGACAUCAUCAUGUUCACCUGCGAGUGGGACAUGCUGCUCGCCGAGGGUGAGAGGCUAAGGGAUCGCUUGAAGGAGCUGGGAAAGAAUGUCGUCUACACCAUGGUGCCCGGUGUGCCACAUGGUUGGGACAAGGCUCCCAAUCCGAUCAGGCCGACGCCCGGUGUCCAGGAGCAUUACCUCGCUGCGUGUAAGGAGCUGAGGAGAGUUUUCCACGAAGAGCUGCCAGAGGGUGCGAUUGAGAGGGAUUUAGAGGAGGGCGAAUGCGGCCCUAGCAGAAUGUCGCAUAGCCAUAACAGAAGGAGAAGCGUGGUGAACUAG